UAGUUCAGAGUAAAAAGAUAAAAUGUGGCGAACAGGUGUAUUGUUAGUGGCUAUUGUUUUCAUAGAGUUUGCUGCUGCUGAUGUCAAACCAACAGACACCACUCUCAUAAAUCGGCUGAAGCGCUCUCCGAACUCAUGUGACUACGACUACAGGCCGAGGUACUGGCCUCCACCACCGCCACCCCCACCGCCACCUCCACCACCGUACUGGCCACCACCACCACCUCCAGGGCCACUACCAUUCUGGCCCCACCGUCAUCAUCACCAUGACCGUUUCGAAGAUUUCACUGACGAUGCACCAAAAGACCAGCCAUGUUCCACGUGCCAAGGAGAUGGAAUUUCAUCAGCUUUGAGUAACGCUAAAAGUAAAAAUGGAGAUGCAAUUGCUAUAGCUAUCGCUAAGGCUAGUCCUAGCCCGAAACCUUGAACGAAGAGUAUUCUUAUUUUAUGGGUGGUCACAGAUCAGCGCGGGUUAUAUUCAGCUCUUAGACAACGAGAAUGUAGUUAGUUAGAUUUGUACCUAUUUCGACUUGAUCCGAGAUGAAAAGACGCGACACAAUUAGAUAGAAUUUUGACAUGAGCUCCAUACAAAAUGUGUCAAAAUUCUAUCUCUAGUAAGCAAAUCUACACAUAGAUAGGUUAUAGAAACUGGACGUUAGAUAUCACAUUAUUAAGUAAGUUUGUUAAUUUCGUGCUUAUUUGUGUCAAUCCUAAAAAGAAACAUUAUUAAUAAAAGUCUGUUUAUGUAUUAAGUGUUAUCUAAUAGUAAUUACAAAUAAUUUAUGCAAGAGACCUGAGAUUCUAUGUUAAUACGUAUCGGCGGAGAAAAAUUGAUUCUCAGAUAAAAACAACACUAAAUAGGUAUCUUAAGAGUUAUUGUGACCAAAUAGACAUUAAAAUCUAGACCAGUUUUCUAGGUUGAAUAAUUAAGUAGUUGCCUAUAAUGAUUAUAUGUUGGUAAUAAAAAAUCCGAGAUUUUUUUUA